AUGGACAGCUUCAUCCUCACCCUUUCCUGCCCGGACCGCCCCGGCAUCGUCCACGCCGUGACCGCCUUCCUGGUUGCGCGCAACCUCAACAUCGUUGACUCAUCGCAAUUCGGCGAUCCCACCUCGAAGCGCUUCUUCAUGCGCAUGCACUUCGCCGCCUCCGCCUCCGCUACCGAGGCCACAGACGAGCACCCCAAGCUGAGCGUCGAGGAACUGCGCGCCGCCUUCGAACCAACCGCCAAGUCCCUGGCCAUGGACUUUGCGAUCCACCCCGCCGCCCAGAAGCCCCGCGUGCUCAUCAUGGUCUCCAAGAUCGGCCACUGCCUCAACGACCUGCUCUUCCGGCAAUCCACCGGCCAGCUCGCCAUCGAGGUGCCCCUGAUCGUCUCGAACCACCCGGACUUCGCGCCCCUCGCCGCAACCUACAACGUGCCGUUCGUCCACCUGCCCGUCACGCCGGACACAAAGCAACAGCAGGAGACGCGCGUGCUGGAGCUGGUGCGCGAACACCAGAUCGACCUGGUCGUGCUGGCGCGGUACAUGCAGGUGCUGUCGCCGAUGCUGUGCGAGGCCAUGUCCGGCCGCAUCAUCAACAUCCACCACAGCUUCCUGCCGAGUUUCAAGGGCGCGAAGCCCUACCACCAGGCGUAUGACCGGGGUGUGAAGAUCAUUGGUGCCACGGCGCACUUUGUGACGAGUGAUUUGGAUGAGGGGCCGAUCAUCGAGCAGAAUGUUGUUAGGGUGAACCAUGCGCUGAGUCCCAAGGAGUUGACGCAUGCGGGCAGCAAUGUCGAGAGUAAUGUGCUGGCGACGGCGGUCAAGUAUGUGACCGAGCGGAGGGUCUUGCUUAAUGGGCACAAGACGGUUGUUUUUGCUUAG